CCCUCCCGCUCUCCCUGCUGGCGGCGGCUCCUCCGCGCUCGGCCUCCUUCGCCCGCCCGCGGUUGUCAUGGCGAUGGCGGGGCCCGGGCCCGGCGCGGGCGAGACGAAGGUGAUCUACCACCUGGACGAGGAGGAGACGCCCUACCUGGUCAAGAUCCCCGUGCCGGCCGAGCGCAUCACCCUGGGCCACGUCAAGGCGGCGCUCGCCCGGCCCGGCGCCAAGUACUUCUUCAAGAGCAUGGACCAGGACUUUGGAGUGGUGAAGGAGGAGAUCUCAGACGACAACGCAAAGCUCCCCUGCUUCAACGGCAGAGUCGUUUCCUGGCUUGUGUCUUCGGAGACCCCCCAGCCUGAGCCUCCGCCCCCGCCCCCUCCCCUAGAAGUGCGGCCAGAGCCUUCACCACCUCCGCCCCCACUUCCUCCGUUGCCUGUGGAGCGAACAAGCGGCAUUGGGGAUUCCCGCCCGCCUUCCUUCCACCCAAACAUCUCGGGCAGCCGUGAGAACUUGGACCAUGAGACCGAGACCGAGUCCGUGGUGCUGCUGAGGCGGGAGAGGCCUCGGCGCAGGGAGAGUCUGGAGCACGGAGGAGGGCACCGGCUGAAUGGGCAGUCUCGGCUGGAGCGGCACCUGGCAGGCUACGAGAGCUCCUCCACUCUCCUCACCAGCGAGCUGGAGACCACCAGCCUGUGUGACUCGGAUGACGACGACACCAUGAGCAGGUUCAGCAGCUCCACGGAGCAGAGCAGUGCCUCCCGCCUCCUCAAGCGCCAUCGCAGGCGGCGGAAGCAGCGCCCGCCCCGUCUCGAGCGGACUUCAUCCUUCAGCAGCGUCACAGACUCCACCAUGUCCCUGAACAUCAUCACGGUGACUCUGAACAUGGAGAAGUACAACUUCCUGGGCAUCUCCAUCGUUGGGCAGAGCAACGAGCGUGGGGACGGCGGCAUCUACAUUGGCUCCAUCAUGAAAGGCGGGGCGGUGGCGGCAGAUGGCAGGAUCGAGCCUGGGGACAUGUUGCUGCAGGUCAACGACAUCAAUUUUGAGAACAUGAGCAAUGACGACGCUGUGAGAGUCUUGAGGGAAAUCGUCCACCAGCCAGGCCCAAUCGUGCUGACGGUGGCCAAGUGCUGGGACCCCUCCCCACAGGGCUACUUCACUCUGCCUCGAAAUGAACCGAUCCAGCCCAUCGACCCGGCGGCUUGGGUGUCCCACUCGGCUGCCCUGACGGGGGCCUUUGCCGCCUACCCCGGGAGCAGCUCCAUGAGCACCAUCACCUCGGGCACCUCCGUCACGGAGACAGAGCGCUUUGACGACUUCAACCUGUCCAUCCACACCGACAUGGCCUCCGUCACCAAGGCGAUGGCGUCUCCCGAGUCCGGCCUGGAGGUGCGCGACCGCAUGUGGCUGAAGAUCACCAUCCCCAACGCCUUUCUAGGCUCGGAUGUGGUCGACUGGCUGUACCACCACGUGGAGGGCUUCCAGGACCGCCGCGAGGCCCGCAAGUAUGCCAGCAACCUGCUGAAAGCCGGCUUCAUCCGGCACACGGUCAACAAGAUCACCUUCUCGGAGCAGUGCUACUACAUCUUCGGGGACUUCACCGGCUGCGAGCACUAUAUGGCCAACCUCUCCCUCAACGACAACGACGGCUCCAGCGGUGCCUCUGACCAGGACACGCUGGCCCCGCUGCCCCUGCCGGGCGCCACCCCCUGGCCCCUGAUGCCGACCUUCUCCUACCAGUACCCAGCCCCCCACCCGUACAGCUCCCAGCCCCCGCCUUACCACGAGCUCUCUUCCUACAGCUACGGCAUGGGCAGUGCCGGCAGUCAGCACAGCGAAGGCAGCCGGAGCAGCGGGUCCAACCGCAGUGACGGGGGCGGCGGCGGCGGCAGCGGAGGUGGCCGUGGGCCCAGUAAGCACAAGGAGGAGAAGGCGGCCGGGGCGGAUUCCAAGUCGGGGAGCGGCAGUGAGUCGGAGUACUCGACCCGCAGCAGCCAGCGUGGCGGGGCCGCGGUGGGGGCCGAGCGGGGAGGGGGCUGCGCAGCGCAGCCAGCACAGCCUGGGGGUGGCGGCGGCGGCGGCGGCAGCGUGCGCUCCCACCACUCCCUGCACGCCGCCUACGCAGCCCCCGGGGGCAUGCCCUUGGCCUACAACCCCAUGGUGGUGAUGAUGGUCCCGCCCCCCGCCCCGCCCUCUGCCAGCACGGCUGCCGCCGUGCAGCCCCCCGGCGCCCCCCCGGUGCGCGACUUGGGCUCGGUGCCCCCUGAGCUCACUGCCAGCCGCCAGUCGUUCCACAUGGCCAUGGGCAACCCCAGCGAGUUCUUUGUCGACGUGAUGUGACCGCCGGCCCACGCCCAGGACUGGCCUCCAUCCGCAAAGCCUUCCGGAAACCCCUGGCCUCCUGCCUUCCGUAGUCUUCCGCCGUAGAGCCUUCAGGUAUUGGGCUGGCCAAACCCUUGCUUCCCGUGGUCGUCGCCGCGCGGGGCCCCCCGCUUGGCCCCGCUCUGCUGGUCCGGCGACUCGGCCCGAAGCAGUGUGGCUCCCGCCCGCCGUCUCUUCCGGCCUCGCUGUCACAUGACUUGCCUUAGGCCUCAGGGGGCCCAAACGCCCCGGCCAAUACUCUGAUUCACCAGCAAAGCUGCUUGCCUCUCCUCCGAGUUGAGUUGCCCGGCGUCAUCUGGCUUCUGUAGCCCUUCCGAGUGACGGCCAGGUCCUCCGCCUGUUAGUCGUGUUUGACCGGCUCAGUCUGGAGACACGUGGCGUAGUCUGUCCCCUUGAGCCUUUUGGGUUUUUUUUAACCCUGUGGCCGGCCUGGCCACUUUUUAACUGUGUGACUCAGGUCCCUAGAAUCAUGCGACCUCUGCCUUGUUAUUACACAUCUGCCUUGACAGCCUAGGUCAGCCGGCCGGGCUUGGUGUCUCCUGAAGGUUGGCCUCUCUGGGCCACGGUCGCCACCUGGCCACCUUCUGAACGUGUGUCACAGUCUUCCCAGCAGUCAUGGAGAAGCCCUGAUGCUGCCUGGGCUCAGGCUCCCCAGAUGUUGUUGGACUACAGCUCCCAUCAUCCCCAGUCAGUGGGUGGGGGUGAUGGGGGUUGUAGUCCAACGACGUGGGGGAAACCCCUGGCAGAGAACCAUCUCUCUUGCCACAUGACCAGAUCCCCUUUGAGGUUUCCCCAUUGCUUGAUUUGUCCUGCGACUUCCACCCUUUCAGCUCUCCUGCGGGCUCAGCAGACCUUGCGAUUAGUGGAGUGGGGGGUGGACCUUUUGAUGGUACUUCUGAACAGUUUCCCCUCCACCUCAAUGAUCACAAAACCGGUGGAAGUGAAGUUGCUGGGACUUUUUUAAACUUCUUUUUAAAUGUGUGUUGUUUUUGGAAUUAAGUCCAUUCCUUUUUUAAAAAAACAAAAACUUGCUUUUGUAUAAAAGCCACCCUCCCCUUCCCAAAUCACAUUUUAACACUACAUCCCUCCCCCUUUUCUGACACCCCACUCCUGUGUGAGGUUUUUGUUUGUUUUUUGUAUUUUUGUGUUUGUGUUUCCAUUUCUUCCAACACUACAGUUCUCUGCGUCUUUGAAGGGUUCCGAACCAAAGUGUCCCUUGCAGCAUUUUGACUCCAGGGCCAUCAGCACUGUGCCUUCCUUCCUUCCUCCCUCCCUUCCUCCCAGCAGCCAGAGGACAGAGUGAUCUUUGUUCUUUGCAGCUUGUUGUUACUCUUCCAGUUUCAGCUGCUGGGAUUUCAAACCUGGGGCUGAGCAAAGAUCACUUGAGGUGAAAUGCCACCAUCUGUCAGAAGGCCAGUGAGACUAGGCCAUUGAUGUGUGGGUUUAGAAAUCUAGAAAUCACUGGGGUCCUCUAAAGCAGACUUGGCUAACCUUUUGUAUCCCUAGGUGGAGUUACACGGUGGUGUCUGCUGGGGAUGAUGGUGCUUGUAGUCCAACAGGAUCUGUGGAGCCCUGCUUUUAGUGGGGAGGUCUGCUCCUGUACCACAAAAACUGUGAAGGAGAAGUCACAAAAUAAACAUCUAUUAUAUAGGGCAGGGGUUCUCAAACUUGGGAGCCCGGAUGUUGUCCGACUGCAAUUCCCACAAGGGUUGGGAAUGAUGGGAGUUGCAGUCCGCUUCAGCAGGGGGCCCAAGUUUGAGAAUCCUGGGGAUUGGCGUUUAGGCUCUCAUUCCAAGGAUGCUGAAGCCAGUGGCAGCUUCUGUUUUUAUAAACAUGAAGUGGGAGAAAAGCCAGACCACUCUCUUCCUUGUGUUUGUUAGGCAAGAGGAUGGUUCCAAAAGGGAUCCAGGGACUGAACUGGGAAUGUCUGAAGAUGUCUUUCAGAUCCCACGGGCUGUUUUGGACUGGGGCAGACAGACUGCAGGUGGGACAGAAGCUGGGGAGUUUAGCUUUUGUUGCCUUUAUGUCUGGAAUGCAGCUGUGCGCAGCUGCUGUGACAUGAGGAGCUUUCCACUGAGGAAGGGCUUAUGAACCCUGAAAGUGCUUCCGAUUUCCAGCCCGCACACCAAAGGCCUAGUGUAGCCCUGCAGAGAGGAUGUUGACCUGUCCAGAUGGUCUGUUGGGAUUUUAGAUGUGCAGAAAGGUGGUGGUAGGUUUGGGGCUGGAGUCUGUGUGCCUCAACUGCCUUCCUUCCUGGGAUGAGGCAAGGUGGGGCGGGAGGAGAGAAGAGGACAGAGUUUCCCCCUCCGCCUCCUCCGCUGCACCCUGCUCUCUCCCUCAACCAGGGUACGAAUCCUCCCGUCAAGGGUGCCGCACAAGCACGACUCUGGGAGCAGCAGGAGACCCCUCCUAGGGACUGGGCCCCAAGUAUUUAGUUCCCUCCUCCUCCAGUCUCUAGGAGCAUGUGUGUGAUCUCUAGCAGAUCCUAUUUUGUAAUAACAUAUUUAUUUUUUAGCUCUUUUGUGUACAAAAAACAUUCAAUUAAAAAAAAUCUAAUAAGAUCCAA